AUGUGGUUCUUCUCCAGGGACCCGGUCCGGGACUUCCCGUUCGAGCUCAUCCCGGAGCCUCCCGAAGGCAACCCUCCCGGGCCCUGGGCUUUGCACCGCGGCCGCAAGAAGGCCACGGGCAGCCCGGUGUCCAUCUUCGUGUAUGAUGUGAAGCCUGGAGCCGAUGAGCAGACCCAGGUGGCCAAAGCUGCCUUCAAGCGCCUCAAAACCCUCCGGCACCCCAACAUCUUGGCCUACAUCGACGGUCUGGAGACAGAGAAAUGCCUCCACAUAGUGACAGAGGCCGUGACCCCACUGGAAAUGUACCUCAAGGCACAAGUGGAGGCUGGUGGCUUGAAGGAACUGGAGCUCUCCUGGGGGCUCCACCAGAUUGUGAAAGCCCUCAGCUUCUUGGUCAACGACUGCAGUCUCAUUCACAACAACGUGUGCAUGGCAGCUGUGUUUGUGGACCUUGCAGGGGAGUGGAAACUUGGGGGCCUGGACUAUAUGUACUCAGCCCAGGGUGACGGCGGGGGACCCCCUCGUAAGGGGAUCCCUGAGUUUGAGCAGUAUGAUCCCCCGGAGUUGGCUGACAGCGGUGGCAGAGCGAUCGGGGAGAAGUGGUCAGCUGACAUGUGGCGUCUGGGCUGCCUCAUCUGGGAGGUCUUCAAUGGGUCCCUAGUGCGAGCAGCUGCUCUGCGAAACCCUGGUAAGAUCCCCAAAUCGCUGGUGCCUCACUAUUGUGAGUUGGUUGGAGCCAACCCCAAGGUGCGCCCCAACCCAGCCCGCUUCCUGCAGAACUGCCGGGCCCCUGGGGGCUUCAUGAACAACCGCUUCGUGGAGACCAACCUCUUCCUAGAAGAGAUUCAGAUCAAAGAGCCAGCCGAGAAGCAGAAGUUCUUCCAAGACCUAAGCAGGAGCCUGGACUCGUUCCCUGAGGGUUUCUGCCGUCACAAGGUGCUGCCCCAGCUGCUGACUGCAUUUGAGUUUGGUAACGCUGGGGCGGUGAUCCUCACACCCCUCUUCAAGGUGGGCAAGCUCCUGAGUGCCGAGGACUAUCAGCAGAAGAUCAUCCCGGUUGUAGUGAGAAUGUUCUCAUCCACCGACCGGGCCAUGCGCAUCCGCCUCCUUCAGCAGAUGGAGCAGUUCAUCCAAUACCUCGAUGAGCCAACAGUCAACACCCAGAUCUUCCCCCACGUGGUGCACGGUUUCCUGGACACCAAUCCUGCUAUCCGAGAGCAGACCGUCAAGUCCAUGCUGCUUCUGGCUCCAAAACUGAACGAGACCAACCUCAAUGUGGAGCUGAUGAAACACUUCGCGAGGCUGCAGGCCAAGGAUGAGCAGGGCCCCAUCCGCUGCAACACCACAGUCUGCCUGGGCAAGAUCGGCUCCUAUCUCAGCGCCAGCACCAGACACAGGGUCCUCACCUCUGCCUUCAGUCGGGCCACCAAGGACCCAUUUGCUCCGUCCCGGGUGGCGGGUGUCCUGGGCUUCGCUGCCACCCACAACCUCUACUCAAUGAGCGACUGUGCCCACAAGAUCCUGCCUGUGCUCUGCGGCCUCACGGUUGACCCCGAAAAAUCGGUACGGGAUCAGGCCUUCAAGGCCAUUCGGAGUUUCCUGUCCAAACUGGAGUCAGUGUCGGAGGACCCUACUCAGCUGGCGGAAGUGGAGAAGGACGUCCAUGCAGCCUCUAGUCCUGGGAUGGGAGGAGCUGCGGCCAGCUGGGCAGGCUGGGCCGUGACGGGGGUCUCCUCACUCACCUCCAAGCUGAUCCGAGUCAACCCCACGGCUGCCCCUACCGAGACCAAUGCCUCCCAGCGACCCCCGCCUGAGGGCCUGCCAACUCCAGCCCCCAACCCCAGCCCCGCCGCCCCCACCACUACAGGCCACUGGGAGGCACAGGAGGAGGGCAGGGAUGCGGCAGAAGACAGCAGCUCUGCCGACAGAUGGGAUGAUGAAGACUGGGGAAGCUUGGAGCAGGAGGCUGAGUCUGUACUUACCCAGCAGAACGACUGGAGCUCAGGGGGCCAGACGGGUCAGGCUGGACAGGCUGGCAACCCUGACAACAAAUCCCCCGAUUCGGACUGGAAUAACUGGGAGGCUGAGGGCUCAUGGGAGCAGGGCUGGCAGAAGCCAGGCCCCCCAGAACCACCUCCUGAGGGCACAAAGUUGGCCAGCGAGUAUAACUGGGGCGCGCCAGAACCCAGCGACAAAGGAGAUCCCUUUGCUGCCCUCACCUCACGUCGGGAGGCAGGCACCCAGCAAAGGCCGGACUCUUGGGGUGACGACAUCUGGGAUGGCCUGGAUACCGACAAGCAGGCCAAAGCUGAGUUGGCACGGAAGAAACGGGAGGAGCGGCGGAGGGAGAUGGAGGCCAAGCGCGCAGAGAGGAAGGCGGCCAAGGGUCCCAUGAAGCUGGGCGCCCGGAAGUUGGACUGA